GGUCCUUUGUACUAGCUACCAUAGAACAUACAAAUUUUGGGUUUUCAUUCAGAAGCUAGGUAUCAGCAAUGUACAAAUGUUCCACAACUUCGGUUCUUGUGAAUGGUAAACGCUCUCGGAUCUUCGCACUGUCAAGGUCUUUACGACAGGGGUGCCCUUUGGCCCUGCUGACGUUUGUACUCCAGAUCGAGGUAGCCCUUAAUACAAUGCGUGCAUCCCCCCGGAUCUUCGCACUGUCAAGGUCUUUACGACAGGGGUGCCCUUUGGCCCCGCUGCUGUUUGUACUCAAGAUCGAGGUAGCCCUUAAUGCAAUGCGUGCGUCCCCCUUGAUCCGAGGGCUGCAACUGAGAGGCCCCAAGGAGUUACGCACUGGAGCCAUUGCUGAUGAUCUGAUGCUGGUAUCUGAAGCGACGCCAGAGUCCAUGAAUGCAGCCAGGACCAUCCUCGACCAGUACUCCACAUUGUCUGAAGCCAAGGUUAACUGGGAUAAAUCGGUCUAUUUUUUACCCGAAGAGUUCGAUCUAGAAGAUGAUUGGACUAUGAAAAGGGUGAAGGAGACAGAGUCGGAGAGGUACUUGGGAGUGCAAGUCUCUCUUACAAAUGGUCGCCUAGCGCAAGAAGCCAUCUUAACUGCUAAAGUAGAAGCCAGAGCGAAGAGAUGUCACUCAACUUUGGGACUUUCCUUGAUGGGCAGAGCGACUGUCAUCUCGACAUCCAUCUUCUCGUUGAUAUGGCACAUCGCGACAGUUAUCCUUAUCUCAAGAUGCACUCUGCAGAAAAUCCGAAGAGCAGCGGCCCAGUACCUAUGGAAACCAGAAGGAAAGGAAGGGGAAGGCUUCAUCUCUAAAGUAGCGUGGGACAAAGUUACUCUACCAAAGAGGGAAGGUGGACUAGGGAUCAUAGACCCUGAGAAGCAAAACGUGGCUCUUCUGGGCAAAUGGAUUCAAAAGGCAUGCACUCAGUCCGACCGACGUAGCUGGGUAUCAGUGGUGGAGUAUGUGCUGCAACAGGAAUUCAAGUUAAAAAGGAGUGAGGAUGUGUGGACCUGUCUGCAACUCCCCUCCUUUUUAAACCGAAGGCCCAAGUCAAGCAUUGUCGCAGAAUGGUGGAUAGCCUGGAAGAAGCUGAGAUCGGCAACAAGAGAAGCACCAUCAACUCGCGAAGAUGUCCUCGGACAGCCACUCUUCGAAAAUACAGCAAUUAUUCAAGCCGAUGGGUCUUGGUUCUCUGCCGCAGGGCAACCAGGCAACUUUGGUAGACUAUGGGUGGAGAAAGGAAUCUCGAAGGUUGCAGACAUCUGGUCGGAUGACACGAGAGAGUGGAAAUCAGAUGGGGAGCUACGAAGGGAGCUACGAAGAGUGCGAGGACUGAGUGACAAGCUGGAGAGGUUAACUGAAGCAAUUCCCAAAGAGUGGGAAAGACUUCUCAGAGAGGGAGCUCGGCCCCAAGUGGGAGGGUGGUACAAAAAGCCCCACAACGGAACGCAGCAACACAGGCUACUCAAGGUAGAAGAGGAGCUGGAAGCAGGAAAGUGGAAGGUUUCGAAAUGGGCAGCAGAGAAAGAGUCGGGCAAUGGACAGAAAUUGCACCUCAUCCGGGAGAUGUCAUCAAACAUGGACCAUCAGCUAACAGCAGUGAGAGUAAUAAGAUCAACGGUGAUGAAGCUGCUUCCGUCUCAGGCUCUGUUGUUGCCUGAGGCCAGUGCAACGCAAGUCGGGACCUCAGCCUUGACUAGACAAGUCGUGGCAGCAGUUGGGUCCCAAUGUUGGCACCGUCUUCAAAGCGAGCCUCCAUGGCCUUGCGGCCAGGUUGAUGCACAGCAGAGCGUACGUCGCAGCAAUCAUUCGGUCGUCUCGCAGUUGCUACAAGGGCGGCGGGGUGUGCUUUCAUCAUGCCUGGAAUGCUGCCCUUCCUGCAGCCGACGUGGCAGAUUCAGUGAUGGCUACAGCAUCGGCCAGCAGCGAUUGGUCCUUGGAUCAAAACAGACGGAAAGUAGGAGGAGGCCUCUGUGUCGAUGGAGACGGAGAUGUGUGAAGGACAGAGGGAACUUUGCCCAUGAUCAAUCUCGGCUGAAUGCAUCUCCUUGCAUCGGGAUCGGGGCCAUUGGAUUGACCACGCAGAGGGCUGCUUGGGACGACUCUCCUAAUUUGCCAAAUGGAGAGUCCACUGCAACCCAAAAGUUGGAAAGAUAUGGUCGCCAUUCUUUUGUCUUUCUUGCACUUGGCAAGCGGUGGGGCGAGGCCCUCCAGACGCAAGCUGCUAGGGAGGAGAAGGAGACAAGGUCUGCAGCCAUGACGGAAAGUGUUUGCGGUGGUGGUACAGUUGCGGAACAAAGCCGAAACAGCACUCUCCCGCGACCGAAAGACGCUCUUCUACAUGGCUACCAGGUGGCCCCCCCCUUAGUAUGCAUCAGUGCGGGGGUCCUUAUUUUCUGCUGUCUUUUGGCAUCGCCAGGCUCUGCACCUGCAGAGGCUGCAGAGGUGUCAGGCACUGCAGCAGAGUGGGCCUCCCUGGGACUCAAUGCUCAACAAGGAUUGGAUCUGACAUGGAGUAUAUUGGGAGCGAUUCCGGGAUUGGAUCUCGCAACCGAGCCUGCAAAUGCACUGUCCUUGCCGACGUGGGUUGUCCACGUGUCCAGUGUGCUGGAAUGGUGGGUGUCUUCUUUGCCGUGUCAUCUGCGAUGACCCCCAGACAAUGUCAUGUGUUGUUGUGUCUUGCCUACAAGUGCAUCAGAACAUGCUUUGUUAGCCCUGGUCCUGGGUCAGAAAUGAAAAUGGUCAUGGGUC